UCACCUCUAAUGAUAUUUUAUAUCAAUUUAAUUAUGCCGGUGCUUCAGAUGAAAAGAGCUCGCCUUGCAUAAUUGACUCAUUGAUAAUUUUGUGGGUGUGACUGAUUAAAUUUGCACAGGCUACAUGUGCUGUGCAAAAUAAGGUCUAUUGUUUAAACAGCUUUUAAACUUUUAGCCAAGACUUCUUACAAAUAAUUAUGUGGUGAUAUUUUUUAUUACUUUUAAAUAAUGGAGAGGGAAAAAUUAAAACAGACACGGAUACUAUUUGAUGAUUUUUAUUAGUCACACCGUUUCCUGGCUGUAAUACAGAAACUUAAUGUUUUUGUAGCGGAUAAUUUUAUAUUAAGAUUUGCUUUUGCUUCUUAUUUCAUGUAUUUGUAUAAUACAUUUGAAGAGUGAAAGGGACUGAAAUGUAUUUGCCCUCAUAAAAAAUUUAGGAUUAUGUGUGUGUUUCUAAACGAUCAGUAUAAUUCUUGACACCACCACUGUAUCUGUGACAAAAGCUUUGAAUUUAAAUAUGAAUUGAGUGUUAUUUACUGCUGGGACUUUGCUGAUAGGAGUUAGAAUCAAACGUGCUAGGCUGCAGUGUAAUUGCAUACAAACACCUGUUCUUUAAACCUAAAUUUCUGUCUUUUUUUAAUCACAUAAAGAUAGAACAGAAAAUCAAGCCUGCAUUUACAUCACUGAUUGAGUGUACUUUGUUUGCCCCUCUGAUCCACUCUGACUCGUGGACCCUCCCCCUUCUCUUUAAUGAACAUAAUCUGAUGAAAACACAGCUAUUUGCUUUUCACUUUGCUUCGGCAAAAUGCUGCUCAGCUAGCCUCUUUCUCCGCCCCCAUCUUUAACACAGCUAUGAGACCUCUAAUUAUGCAAGGAUUCAAGUAGCUUUUCACAAAACACAGUGUUGUCCUCUAGAGCUGGAGAGCGCUCCACGAGCUAAAAGGACAGGCUGCAUAUUUGCAGGUUGAGCAAAUUCAAUUUGUUUGAUUAGUUCUCUGCAUUUGCUUCAACUUUGGUUUAAAUGGUGCAUCUUAAAUGUUUUUAGUGUCUCUUUUUUUCUUUGCGUAUGCCUAUACCAAAUAGACACGCAAAAUGUUGAUAUCUCUUCCGUUUUUGGAGACAUAUGCUCUUAGUCUAAAUAGAGAUCAGAAAAGCAGUGUACUUAUAAAUUCAUUUUCUUUCCUGGUCUUUCUUUCGUUCAUCAUACGCACAAAUAAAAUGCGACCAAACAGCUCUUAUACAUGUCUCUUCAGGUACACAAUUGAAAUUUGCUUAAUUCAAGUACUAGCACUGUUGUAUGUGUGACAGAAACAGGCCUAUUGUCAUCCUCGCGCAUUAGAUCACCUGCUGCCCCUGUGGGUUUGUCUGCUUUGGUACUAAGCUGAUGUGAAAAGACUUUAUCACGAUGGUUAAACAUUCAAUUUGAUGUCUGCCUGUAGCGCUUCCUGGCUAAUAAAAUUACACCGAAGUCAAUGCGCUCCGGUGCAGGUGAAACGAACAGCUUUCCUGCCGAACACACGCGCGUCAGGACGCAACAGAAUAGUGGCACGCCGAAAUCGUGCGUCAUAGUGUUCAGGGUCCGCGUUUAAUGACAAAAAUCAUUAAAUGACUAAAUAUUUAACAAUUUUUUGAAUCUUUUUGUGCGUUAAGAAUAAUACUUCGCCAUUUUGUUAUUGUAUAUCGUAGCUUACAUUCGUGCGUAAAACCUAUGCGUAAUUUGUUUAAUAAGGCUAAGUUGCUUGAUUUCGCUGGACCAUUUAAUCAAUGGACCAUUUAUUCAAUUUACUGACAGGUAAUUGUGGCUCGCGCACACCCCUCAUAACCCUGAUACAUUUUCCUCUUUUAUCUAAUUGGUUGACAAGUGGGUGCGUACUGCUGAGCCCGAAGCCAAAACUCUCGCGCGGCCUUUUUCUUUGGAGUCCAUUCUUGUCAGACCCCCACGCGGUUUCAUCUCAAAUCCCAUUUGCUAUUGUAUCUGUCCAAUAGCAGCGACAGAGCACGCUUUAACUCGGAUGGCAUUUUUAUUUCAUCACUACGGUCGGGAGCAAGUCUGACGCAGUGAUCUCUGCGCUCUCACGCUGAUCAUUCUCGUGGGGGGGAAGCUGGGCACAGCUUUACGCGACUUUCUGAGUUUUCCCUCCAUCUUAUGCGAACUAUUUUAGCUCGGACUUUAACGCCAGAGAAUCCUUUAGAUCUGUUUAAUAUCUUUUUUCAGCUUUUGAUGGUGAUCCCUGUCGGACAGUAAACGGUGAUGGCAGACUCUGAUACUCAAGAGGCUCGCCAACCUGCAAAAGACUCGCCGUUCUCCAUAAAGAACCUGCUGAAUAUUGAAGACAAACCCACGAAGCCAAAAAGCAUCCUCAGCUCGCACAAGGGGGUUUUGGAAGGCAGUUUCUUUUCUCGGCUCGGUGAUUUGUCUGUUCCUCGAUUUGAGCUGCCAGCACAGAGAAUUGGACUAUCCGCGCAAUAUCUGGAAAGAGCAUCUACCUGGUGGUACCCCUACACGCUUGGAGCACAUUUUAGGACUGGAGGCUCUGAGAAGGUCAGCUUAAGAGAAGCAUCACAGGCACCGGACAGGCGCUCUCCGGAUCUCCAGAAAAGUGAUCAAGAUGCCAAAGAUGAAAGCGCCGACGAUGACAUCGCCCUGGAUGAAAGUGACUCGGAGGAGCCAAAGAAAGAAACAGACCAGGAGGACGACUGGAGGAGAAAAAACGACGAGCUGGACUCCGAGAAGAAGCCCUGUCGGAAGAAGAAGACGCGCACCGUGUUUUCCAGAAGUCAGGUCUUUCAGCUGGAGUCCACUUUCGACAUUAAGCGCUACCUGAGCAGCUCAGAGAGGGCAGGCCUAGCCGCGUCCCUGCACUUAACCGAGACGCAGGUGAAAAUCUGGUUCCAGAACCGGAGGAAUAAGUGGAAAAGGCAGCUGGCCGCCGAGCUGGAGGCGGCCAACCUGAGCCAUGCGGCGGCACAGAGGAUUGUGCGGGUUCCCAUACUCUACCACGAGAAUGGAGCCCCAGAAACGAGCGGGGGCCCUGCUACAAACUCACCGGGCGGCCAGGCACUCCUGGCUUUCCCCCACCACAUGUACUAUUCUCACCCAGUCCCACUGCUGAGACCCGUUUAACAUUUGUGUCAUAAAGCAUUGUACAUAUGUUUUUAAAUGAGAGUGAUUAACUGAAAAAAAAUUGUUUUGUAUAUUUUUUAGAUUGA